GAAGGGGCCGGAGAGAGAGAGAGAGAUGACUGGUAAUCUGAGCCGAGGGAAUCCUUCAGGUGUACCCGCCAACAUCAGCCCUUCACAUACAUCAUUACUGGCUCUUCAACCUUAGCGUGCUACACUCUAUGGAAUGGAAUUGACUCCUGGUGACAGCACUGGUCAGCUCCUGUAAAUGACUUUAAGAAAGUAGUCAGGAAUCCAAAGUAUGGCGUUACAAGUACAGGAUUGCUGUCACGCGUGGCGCAGGCCUGUGCGUAAUUUACAGUAUUAAGUUGUCAAAUUUCCCUGAUCAGUCAGCAGUGUCUCACAUGAGUUCUGCAACAAUGGGUCAUUAGAUAAUUGUUUCAUAUCCUGUACACACAUGAACUCAUUUUCAUGGACGUCUGCGCUCAGAAAUGUUGGCCAGAGACUAUUUUGGCAGAAAAAAAAUCAGUAGGCCUACUGAAGUACCAGCAUCAACUAUUGUGCGAGGUAGAACUACAGUACCCAAGAGUCCACUGUCAGCUGCCAUUGGUGGCCGGUGUGUCACAUGACGUGCCUCGUCAGCUGUCAUUGGUGGCCGGAGCUGUCACAAGUGCAUACAGGUGACUGGCGUGCGGGCAACGCUUGUCGCUGGCACAUCACGCUGAGCUGAAAGAAAACAAAUAGUUAGUGCAGUUAGUGCGAGGGGGGAGUGACGGAGCGCAGUAUACCAACAACUCACCAAAGACAUCGCUUCGCUCGGUUCUGGUGAAAUAACUAUUUUUGGGAGCGACCAAGUGCUUGCUGGUGCGACAAGACUACAGAAAACCUCUGUCACAGUCGCGCGUCUCUGGAUCCUGUUCGCAACUGUGUACUUUCUGACCUUCAGCUGUGUGAAGCGCCUGCCCCCCUCCAUCUUCAUCUGUUGCGGGAGGAGAGAGAUGUAAAGCAAAACAGAACACAGAGGACCACUCACACGCCAGUAUCCCCACUUUCACCCCAGACAGCGCCCCCCAGUGUUCAGGGCUGGACUGUGCCUCGUCGGCCGCCCGUCCCCCUCGGCCCCCCUCCUCCUCCUCCUCCUCCUCCUCCUCCUCGGCCCCCCUCCAUCCCCCCGUCGCCAUGGCGUCGCGCAUCGGGCUGCGGCUGCAGCUGAUGAGGGAGCAGCUGCAGCAGGAGGAGCAGCGGGAACGCCAGGCGGCGCAGCACGCGCACGCGCACGCGCACUCACAUGGCCACGGGCAGCACCAGCAUCAGCACCAGCAGCAGGCUGGCAUGAUGUUCCAGCAGCAUCAGCAGCAGCACCAGCAGCAGCACCAGCAACAGCAGCAGCAGCAGCAGCGGAUGCCGGGGCCCCCGACCCCCACACCGGCCAUGAACACCCCCCAAACACACAUCCAGGGGCCCAUGCAAGUACCCAUCGAGGUGCUGAAGGUGAGAUAUACUGGGUACAGACAUACACGCAAGCACGCACACACACACACACGCAAACACACACACACACAAACAUACACACUAGCACACACACGCAAACACCACCCCUGCCAUCAUCACCCCGCUACACACUUCAGGGGCCCAUGCAUGUGCCCACGGAGGUGGUUAAGGUCUGCUGUGUCAGUGCAAAGGAUCCAAGAAUGCCUGACUUUAGUGGAGAUGGAAAUAGCAGAGUUCAAGGAAACACAGAGCCCCAGACCUGCGACAAAGAGCGAAGACCACACCACAUACAUGGCGGACCACACAGGACACCCAGGACCCAUCCCAGCAUGUCCCGGCCCCCUCGCAGCCAGGUUGGAGAAGCCCAGCAAGGUGGAGCACAGCCCAGUUGGAUACCACCCAGGCCAACCAGACCACCAGCACACCGCCCAGACCAAACCCAGACCAUCAGCACACAGCGAGGUCGACCCCAGCCAAGGAAAGCCCAGGCCAGCGCUCCUCCGUCAGGCCCUGGAGCACACCAGCGUGACCUGUGUCACCAGCCCAGGCCAACACACACUCCAGUGUGUGUGUGUGUGUGUGUGUGUGUGUGUGUGUCUGUCUAACCUUCCCGUUGUCCUCCUGUGUCCGCAGAUGGAGGAGGUCAUUGAUGACAUCAUCAGUCUGCAGUCCAGCUUUGACGACAUCCAGGCCUACAUAGACCCACAGAUGCCCAAUACACUCCCGUUGUCCAGUAGCCACCUGGAUGUGUACUCGGCUCCGGGGAUGACAGGCCCUCCAAUCGCCAUGACGAGCAACUCCUGCCCUGCCAACCUGUCAAUCAAGCGAGAACUGACGGAUGCAGAAGCACGAGCGAUGGCAAAGGAGAGGCAGAAGAAAGACAACCACAAUCUGAUUGAAAGGAGGAGGCGUUUCAACAUCAAUGACCGCAUCAAAGAGCUGGGCACCAUGAUCCCCAAAACCAACGACCUGGAUGUGCGAUGGAACAAGGGUACCAUCCUGCGGGCCUCAGUGGAGUACAUCAAGCGCAUGCAGAAGGACGUGCAGAGGAGCAGAGAGAUGGAGAACAGCUUCAAGAGGAUGGAGGUGGCCAACAAGCAACUGUGGCUACGCAUACAGGAGUUGGAGAUGCAGGCUCGUGUGCACGGCCUGCCCCCGUCCCCGUCCAGCUUCAGUGGCUCCGAGCUGCUGUCUCCCUUCAUCAAGCAGGAGCUCAGCCCCGAAGAGAACCAGCACAACCAGCAGCAGGGGCACCCCCAGCAGCAUCCUGCCCAGCUGGGACACCCCGUCCCUGGCCAGCAGCAGCACGGCGCCUGCCACCCCCUCCCCGGCCACCACCACCACCACCUCCAGCAGCAGCAGCAGCCCCAGCCCCAGGGCCUGCCCCCUCUCCCCCAGCCCCUGCACCCCACCCACCCGCAGCAGCAGCAGCAGCAGCAGCAUCUGCAGUACGCCUCCGUGGGCAGCUCCCAGCACUUCGAGUACCCGCCUCUGGACCUGUGCGACGGGGGCGGUGGGGGGUAUGUUGUUGACGACGACGGGAUGGGAGAGCUGGGUGACCUGGGGCAGAUGGGAGUGCUGGGCGGGGGUAUGAAGGCAGAUGGUAACCAUAUGGGCUUCAUGAUGAUGGGAGAUAACAGUAAGAAGGUGGAUAGCAGCAGCAAUAGCAACAGCAUGGGCUUCAUGCUGAUGGAUGAAGGGCUCUCACCACUAGGGGGCGAUCCUCUGUUGUCAGCCAUGUCCCCCGAGGACGCCUCCAUCGACAGCAGCAGAAGAAGCAGCUUCAGCCUGGACGACGCAGAAAUACUGUGAUGUAGUAUAGGCAUAUAUAGACAAAUACACACACACACACACAUAGGCAACUAUUUAAAGUGCUAGCUCAUAUGCUCCCAAACAAAAUACCUACAAGCAGAUGUAGCACAAUGUAAACCAUACACACACACAAACACACACACACACACACACACACACACACACACACACACACACACACACACACACACACACACACACACACACACACACACACACACACUGGUGUGAAUAGCUGUGAUACUGUGAUAAAACACAGGAUGUAAUUUAGACAGACACAGACUGAAAAAAGGAAAGUGAUAACAUGCAUAUCACACACACACUUUAUCACAAACACACACACACACA